CCCCGGGCGUGACGCCCCGCGCGUCUCUCAGCCUCCUGGUAGUGGCUGGGUCCGGUGGGCAUACCACCGAGAUCCUGAGGCUACUUGGGAGCUUGUCCAGUGCUUACUCACCUAGACAUUAUGUCAUUGCUGACACUGAUGUGAUGAGCGCCAGUAAAAUAAAUUCUUUUGAACGAGGUCGAGCUGAUAGAGACCCCAGUGGCCUGUAUACCAAAUACUACAUUCACCAAAUUCCAAGGAGCCGUGAGGUCCGGCAGUCCUGGCUUUCCACAGUGCUCACCACCUUGCAUUCCAUGUGGCUCUCCUUUCCUCUGGUUCACCGGGUGAAGCCAGAUUUGGUGUUGUGUAACGGACCAGGAACAUGUGUACCUAUCUGUAUAUCUGCCCUUCUCCUUGGGAUACUAGGAAUAAAGAAAGUGAUCAUUGUCUACAUUGAAAGCAUCUGCCGUGUAGAGACUUUGUCCCUGUCCGGAAAGAUUCUGUUUCAUCUCUCAGAUUACUUCAUUGUUCAGUGGCCGACUCUUAAGGAGAAGUAUCCCAAAUCUGUGUACCUCGGGCGAAUUGUUUGACAGAUGGCAACUUACUUGUUUAGAAUUUGGGGGUCAAAAAUAGUAUUUAAAAUAAUUGAGAAAAACAUCUACAUGUAUAUUGUAAAGGCAUCUGAAAAGUCUGAGAAUUAUUGAUGGUAAAAAGUAAAAAGAAAAAAAAAUGUACAAAUAACUUAGUGAAGAAACUGAAGUUUAACUAUUAAAUGUUUAUGCUUCUGUAUAUCAGGUUUUUUUCUAGAUAAGAAGUAAAUAUCACUACCUGAAAAUCAUCUUAGGACUUUUUUCCCUAGAACUAAAUAUAGCGUUUGUAUGAUUAGUAACAUUUCCUGUUCUAUAGCUUUUUUUUUUUUUAACAGUACUCUGCAUUUUUAAAAGGAAAGAAAAAGAGAGGUGUUUUUGAGUUUUUGUUCAGAUACAGCAGGCUUUAUUUCCUGUAUGGGAGUAGUGGUGUCCCUAGUGAAUCCCUUCAGCAGAAAGGAAGCAGUUACAUGAAAUUGGCUUCAUGACAGUUUGCACUUCACCAGCUUCCAGAACAUUGAGCAUAAAACAUUCUCUUUUUGUUCCUCAGUCUUUAUGAGUAGUUGGCCUCAAUUCAGAGUACCUUUAAAAUUUCUUCUGUAAUUGUUAAAAUAAAUUAAAGGGUAACCAACUAUUGUAGUAAUAAAACCAUGAUUCUGUUUAUCAAGAAUCUAAACUCUCAAAACAUACUUUUCAAGAGUUUUAGUCAGUUCAUAAUGCCAUGGUUGUCGUUGCCUCUGGCAUUUUAAGGUGUUUAGACUCGUGAGAGUUUAUGUUUACUAGACAUUUAUGUAGCGCUUGCUGUAUGCCAGGUAGUCUUCUAAACACUUUUCAACCACUAUUUCAUCCUUGUAAGAGCUCCAUGAGGCAGAGACUGUUAUUAUCCCCAUUUGCAGAUGGCUUGUCCAAGAUCCCAUGACUGGUAAGUGGCAAAGGCAGGAUUCAGGCCCAGGUGGCCUGGCUUGAGAGUGGCACCAGUUUUAUGGGAAUGUGGCCUAUGCACUCACCUUGGGUUCCACACUUAAGAGGGCCCUGCUCUCUGUUUAAUACUCUGCGGUCACUCUCUGAAAUCUCUUAAUCAUCUUUAAACAAAAAGACUCACAUUUUAGAUCCCACUAAUUAUGUAGCUGGUCCUGCUUAAAACUUUGUGCUUCCCAUGACUCCAUGUCAGAAGUGCAUCAUCUAGAGCAGCAGCUGACCUAGGGAGCUCCUCAGCACACAGGAGUCUGAUUUCUCUCCUGCUCGGCUCUGCUCCUAUAGCAAAGCAACAAAAAGUGAGAAGACUCUCUUUUUUGUAGUAUUCGAGUUUAUAGACAAUAUGGCUUUUUUUCCUCUAAAUUUUUUUGGUUUUGUAAGCAUGUUAUAAAUCUAAUAAGAGAUGGUAGAUGAUAAAAAGAUUGAAAUAAUAAUAAGACUGAAUUUUAGUGAAAAGCAGUAUAAUCACCCAUGACAUGAAAUUAAAUUGCAAGGCUGGGACUAGGCAGUGGCACAGAAGUGAAAACACGACCCUUUACAAGGCAGACCCACAUGGGAAGGUUGUAAUUCAUGCCCUGAGACCUCCCUGAAUAUGCCAACCACGCAUGUGUCUGUAACCCAGGGCUGGGUGGAGCUGGGCACAUCGCUGCAUCAAGACCCUGUCAGGAAUGUUAUACUCUGUCUCUCUCCUUCUCUCUCUCUCUCAGUCUAUU